ACCCCUGCCUUUCGGCAGUACCACCGCGAGUUUACAUAGUUCUAACUGAGCUCUCCCGGACGAUACCAAGUUACACAAACGUAUAAUCUUAAACGAAGUAUGAAAAUCAUCAUGCGUCUUCCUCUUCCGGCCAUGAUAUGCAUGUUUGUUUUGAGCCUGUUUUCUGCGACAUCGACGUGUGCGAUGCCUCUUGCGCUCGAUACUCCCCGCAUAGAUGAACUCGUACAUGCUGAGAACGCAGCACCGAAAUUUUCACCUACUCCCAUUCCUUCAGUGGCAGUUCGAGAUGGGAAUUCCGAGAAACAAUCCCUCCGACAGUGGCAGACAGAACCUUCUAUCCACAAACGCAAAAGUUCACUGAUGAGCAGGUUGGAGGUAAGAUUUCUAACCCAAGAAGAGAUUAUGGAGGAUACCAAAGUUCCAGAGGGUAUAAGGAAGUUUGCGCAGGAGGAGUUUAUCCAGUAUCAUGGCAAUGCGACUUCCACCACCACCACCACUACCGCUGCUGCCAAAAUCCAAGAACAGGCAAAGAGCAUCAUCCGAAGUCAUUUAUUGUGGAACUCACCCUACGGCGAAAAGGGUAUGCUGUAUUUUGGUGAAAAGAAACACACCCGGACGCUCAUAUUCCCGGACGACAACUCAAAGCUCCGAUACCCAUUUUCUUCUAUACCUGAUUCGGGAGUGGCAUACGAGAUCCAUGAUCGUCGCGAGGAGUCCCUUGGUCCUUGCAAACCAAGAUGUCAUGGGGCGGCAUGGAUUAGCAAGACUUCGGAUAAGAAAUGUGAAGGGAAUAUUUAUGAUUGGAGCCAGUGAAGGCAUGGCGAAGGGUGCUUGGCAAUAAGCGAGUCGGAUGGGGGGCUUUCUUGGACUCACCUUCAACCUUUGCAUCUUGAACAGUUGCAAGAUAUUCCUU